AUGAGCGACCGCUAUAUCCCCGAGCAUCGUCGCACCCAGUUCAAGGCCAGGAACCAGUUCCGGCCGGACGAGCUUCGUCGUCGCCGUGAGGAACAACAAGUCGAGAUUCGCAAGCAGAAGAGAGAGGAGAACCUGGCCAAGCGCAGAGGCAUCCAGACAAGCGAUGGCGGCAUCGGUGUCGGCGGCGGUUUGCCCGCUGCUGAGAGCGACGAUGAGGCCAGUGCCAUCGAGAGUGAGCUCAAUGUGGAGCUGCCUGAGAUGGUCAAGGGUGUGUUCUCCGACCAGAUUGAGCAACAGAUUCAAGCAACCACCAAGUUCAGGAAACUCCUGUCAAAAGAACGCAAUCCUCCUAUCGAGCGUGUUAUUGAGACUGGCGUCGUGAGCCGUUUCGUGGAAUUUCUGCGAUCCCCCCACACUCUGGUGCAGUUCGAAGCCGCGUGGGCCCUGACCAACAUCGCGUCCGGCUCUGCCCAGCAGACGCAAGUCGUCAUUGAGGCCGGCGCGGUGCCCAUCUUCGUGGAGCUUCUGAGCAGCCCGGAGCCCGAUGUUCGGGAACAGGCCGUCUGGGCUCUUGGUAACAUCGCCGGUGACAGCCCCCAGUGCCGUGACUUUGUCCUGGGCGCCGGCGCGCUCCGUCCUCUCCUUAACCUUAUCAACGAUGGCCGCAAGCUUAGCAUGCUGCGCAAUGCCACCUGGACUCUUAGCAAUUUCUGCCGCGGGAAGACCCCUCAGCCGGACUGGAAUACUAUUGCCCCUGCUCUUCCUGUUCUCGCCAAGUUGAGCUACAUGCUCGAUGAUGAGGUUUUGAUUGAUGCCUGCUGGGCUAUCUCCUACCUGUCCGAUGGCUCCAACGACAAGAUCCAGGCUGUGAUUGAGGCUGGAAUUCCCCGUCGCUUGGUUGAGCUCCUUAUGCACGGCUCUACCUCUGUUCAGACCCCUGCUCUUCGGUCUGUUGGAAACAUCGUGACCGGCGAUGAUGUGCAGACCCAGGUCAUCAUCAACUGCGGUGCCCUUCCUGCCCUGCUGUCUCUCCUGAGCUCCACCAAGGAUGGCAUCCGCAAGGAGGCCUGCUGGACGAUCUCCAACAUCACGGCUGGCAACUCCAGCCAGAUCCAGGCCGUGGUCGAUGCGGGUAUCAUCCCUCCUUUGAUCAACCUCCUGGCCAAUGGCGACUUCAAGACCCGCAAGGAGGCUUGCUGGGCCAUCUCCAACGCGACCUCGGGCGGUCUCCAGAAGCCCGACCAGAUCCGCUACCUUGUCUCUCAGGGAUGUAUCAAGCCCCUCUGCGAUCUGCUCGCCUGCCCCGACAACAAGAUCAUUCAGGUUGCCCUUGAUGGUCUUGAGAACAUUCUCAAGAUCGGCGAGAUGGACAAGGAGGCUGGUCAGGCCACUGAGACUCGGGUCAACCGCUACGCUCUAUUCAUCGAAGAGGCCGGUGGCAUGGAGAAGAUCCAUGACUGCCAGAACAAUGCCAACGAGGAGAUCUACAUGAAGGCCUACAACAUCAUCGAGAAAUACUUCUCCGAUGAGGAAGAGGCUGGCGGUGAUAUCGACGAACUCGCCCCUCAGGCCACACAGACCGGUUUCACCCUGGGUACCAGCCAGCAACAGCCCGCCGGUGGCUUCACCUUUGCUAACGGUGGUGACUCUAUGGACAUGUAA